AAGCGGAAGUGGAAGUAAAAAAAAGCAAUAGAAGCAGUCGAAGUUUCGUUUCGUUUGUCUUUUGUGCUACUCCAAACUUUCAAGAAACGAUUUCUUUGUGACAUUGAUCACAUAUUGUGAGGAAUUCUCUUCUUCGCUGCGGCCUCACGCGAAAAACCAUUUCAGAGAAUCUAGACCAGACCAGCUUGUCACCAUGGACGCCAAGCAAGGAGCUUAGAGACUCGCUGGUGGACAUGUACAGAGAUAACCCUCAAGUGAACCAGGAACUUCGACAGCGGCUUCCUUCACCUGGCCAGCAAAAACUGAGCCCCGCCCACAGAUCCAGUCCAGAGCCAGCUGAACAGCCUGCAGUCCUUCAGGUUCUCCCACACUCUCCGUGUUCCAGCUGCUCCCCCCUUUUGUCACACAGUGGGGCUGUUUGUGCGGUGUCCUGCAAAACUUCAGGAGGUGUCAGAGACAUGGAGGCGGACCUUUCACCCAGUACACACUCUCCUCUGUGGCCUGAGACGUGGGAUGGAAGUGGACAGUCUGCUGUCUCUGCAGGUCCGUCACCGAGUGGACACGUCAUCAGCAGCCAUCAAGACGCCACGAUUGGUUGCACAGCAGCUUCUGACCAGGCUACACCUCAGGACAGAGACAAGAAGGUGGCGCUGUUACUCAGGGAGCUGGAUGCGCUGAGAGACACCAACAAGAAGCUUCUUGACCAGCUGAGCCUAAAGGAGGAGGAGCUACAGAGGAGGGAGGUGGAGCUGAGGGUGGAGCGGAAGGAAGCCAAAGCCUGGGAAAGACCUUCAGAGUUGCUGGACCAGCUGUUAUGUGCUCACAAGGACAGAGACCAGGCGCUGAUGUCUCGAGUCUUGUUGGCCAAUCAGGAGCGAGAUGAGGCUUUACAUCAUGUCAGUCAACUGCAGCAAGCUGCUAGGUGUGACUUUGACACGAGGACCUUGGAAGACUGUGACUUGGAAGUAGAGGAACUCCUUCAGCGUGUUUGUGACUCUGCCUCCGUGCAGGAGGUCACGCAGUUUGGCUCCGCCCUGGUUGAACGUGUGCGGCAGGCAACGCAAAGACGUCACGACAUCACAAGUCAGGAAAUGAAGGCCGUGAUGGACGAGAGAGACAGGUCGCUCGCCAAGUGUCGACGACUUGAACAGGAAGUGAUGCAGGAGAGACAGCAGAGGGCGAGCAAGGACAAGCUGAUCAAACUUCAGGGAGAGCGAGACGCAGCCGUGGUUGACAAGAAGCGACUGGAGGGCGAGCAUGUGCUACAAGUCAAUCCCAGCGCUUUGCAACUUGUCAAGUCUCCUCCCCCAGUCCCAGCUGAUGGCCCUCAGCAGGCUCCACCCCUGCUGGCUCAGCUGCAGCAGCUAGCAAAGGACAAGCAGAGCUUGGAGGCGGAGCUUGUGCGUUGCCAGGAGGCGGAACGAGAGGCCAGCGAGAGAGUGUGCAGGUUGGAGCGUCUUGUGGACGUUUUGAGGAAAAAAGUUGGAACAGGAAGUCUGCGAGCUGUCGUCUGAUUGGCUGCUGUUUUUUUGAUCGAUUCAAUGAUGUCAUCUUUUGUCACAAAGUCGUCAUGUGACAAAUAUUGUUGAUUGUCUUAUUUGGGAUUGGAGAGUGUGUAUUAUUU